GAUGGCCUCUCUUGCCCUUUCGGCUGACGAUGGCGUUGAUGAUGAUGAGUCCGACAUGGAGGAGUCCAAGAAGCGUGUCAAGAUCUUUCACGAAGGUCUUGUUGCUGCUCUUAAUGGCCAGCAUAUCGAUCUCACCGGCAACGAUACUGAUGCCAAUAUGGAGAACGCCGCUCCUGUCUCUGGUCUCGAACGUCAGCCGAUUGACCUCACCGGCGACCUCACCGGUGCCCCCAAGAGAGAGUGGACGUGGGAGGGCGAUGGCACCAUGCCCUCCUUCAUUCGUGCUGCCCGCUCGCGCAGCUUGACCAUCAACGAUGCCGCUCCCGCCGCUCCCGCCGCUCCUGCCGCUCCUGCCGUGUCCCGCUUCAAACAUAAAGCCGACUUCAACGGCGUCAGAACCGACCUCAACCUCGACCCGUCCGUCAAGACCUAUACUUCCGUCAUGGAUCCCGCCUAG